UACAAUGUCAGUUUUCUGUUACUGGACAUUGAAAAGGCAUUCUUGUAUUUGCAUUUUGCUUUGGUAGGUUCAGGUUUACUUGCUGCAGCUCAAGAUGCUACAGAAGAUGAAGAAGCUGUGGAGGAUACUGUAGUUGAAGAUGAAGAUGACGAAGCUGAAGUUGAAGAAGAUGAGCCAACAGACUUGACAGAAGAAAAAGAGGAAGAAGACUUGUCAGGAGAACCCAAAGCCUCACCUAGUGCUGAUACAACCAUCCUAUUUGUGAAAGGUGAAGAUUUUCCAGCGAACAACAUUGUAAAAUUCCUGGUGGGCUUCACCAAUAAGGGUGCAGAGGAUUUCAUUGUCGAGUCUCUUGAUGCUUCUUUCCGAUAUCCUCAAGACUACCAGUUUUACAUCCAGAACUUCACAGCUCUCCCCCUGAAUACGCUCGUUCCGCCACAGAGACAAGCCACGUUUGAGUACUCUUUCAUCCCUGCCGAGCCGAUGGGUGGCCGUCCUUUCGGACUAGUUAUCAAUCUCAACUACAGAGAUGUCAAUGGCAAUGUGUUUCAAGAUGCUGUCUUCAAUCAAACGGUUACAAUUAUUGAGAAAGAAGAUGGACUGGAUGGAGAAACGAUCUUCAUGUACAUGUUCCUUGCUGGACUCGGUCUACUUGUCAUUGUUGGCUUACAUCAGUUACUAGAAUCCAGGAAGAGGAAAAGACCAGUACAGAAAGUAGAGAUGGGAACAUCAAAUCAGAAUGAUGUUGAUAUGAGCUGGAUUCCCCAAGAAACUUUAAAUCAAAUAAUGCAGAGUAGAAGAGAUAAAGCUUCACCAAGGAGGUUGCCCUACAAGAGGGCACAGAAGAGAUCAGUGGGCUCUGAUGAGUAAAUGUUAACUAGUACAACAGUUGAACCUUUACUAAUCCUGCCUGUUUGGGUUUUUUUGGAUUGGAGUAGUGCAGAGAAUCCAUAUCACCAUAAGGAAAGUACGGCUAAACAUGUGGACUGAGCAGAUUAACUGAAUGGUGUUAAUAUUACUGAAAAUGCACUUCUCUUUUUUUUUUUUUUUUUAAAAUGUUGGUGGGUGGGGGAGUUAGCCAUUAAGAUUUGUGCCUGCGUGUGUAAGCAGUUGGUCUUAACAGAACUAUGUUACCUGAAAUGUGCCUUUAGAGUUCUCUGUAAUGCUGGCUUGUUGUCUGUACACUGCCUUUGAAAGCUUUUUCUCCUUCCCCUAAUCUGAAUGUUUAGUCACUUAAUCCGUCUUGAUUGUAUCAAGUCUGUAUCAGAAUCUGUAUGCAUUUUUCUUUUUCAGUAAGUAACUUAUUCUCUACAGUGCACACACACCGAAGCUUUUGUGUGUGGUCCUCUUCUGGCGGUGAGGCACUGAUCAUCUAGAUUCCUGCAUAGUUUGCAUUCUAAAGGCACAACUGGGUAUAGCUGCUCGUAGUGGUAGAUCUUUUGCUACUCUUCUGAUCUGGGCAUGCAGUGAUCUAAAAAUCUGAAUUUAUCUGCAUAGAUGGUAGGAAGACUCUUACACAGCAGCAGAACUUGUGAAGCAUGGAAUUUGUGUGCUGAAUUGGUUUUACUACAUAAAUUUUUUUAUAUACC